UUCAAUGCACGAUAGAAACGAGCUCCAAAACCCUCUCUCUGCUUUUUGUCUCUGCAACUUCUUCUUGGAGAAGCAAAACGAGGAUGCUAGUAUUGAUUUGUUCGCAAAUCAAUCAAAUAAUUGAUUAAUUAAUUAACCCAUUAUAUGUAUAAAGGGAGAGAGAGUUUUUGACUUUCUUGAGUUUUAAUCGCUUCAACUGAAUUUGCUAUGGGCAGCACCUUCUUCUCUAUACCAACAAAGCGAGCCAUGCCCGACGCGACCCCUUCUUUGAACGGACCCUCCAAGCGUUCCAAGCCUCCGGCUACUCCUCUUCCUGUCCCCCCUGGCCACGUUGCCUUCCGUCUCCUCUGCCACGCGUCCCGUGUCGGUGGCGUCAUCGGCAAGUCAGGCAGUGUCAUCAAGCAACUGCAACAGGCUACCGGUUCCAGGAUCCGAAUUGAGGAUGCCCCGGCUGAAAGCCCGGACCGGGUUAUUACCGUCAUAGGCCCGAAUGCUGUUAAUACCAAGAUUGUACUGAAUUCAGGUAGCCUUGGCAAUGGUUACGGUAGUAGCGUUGAGGAAAUCGAUGUGUCCAAGGCUCAGGAGGCGUUAGUGAGAGUGUUCGAGAGGAUUCUGGAGGUGGCGGCGGAGAGCGAUGGAGCGGCCUUGGUGAUGGUUUCUUGUCGGUUAUUGGCGGAGGUUAAGCACGUUGGGAGCGUGAUAGGGAAAGGCGGUAAGGUAGUGGAGAAGAUAAGGGAAGAUACUGGGACCAAAAUUAGGGUUUUGACGGAUAAGCUACCGGCUUGUGCCAGCCCUACGGAGGAGAUUGUGGAGAUUGAAGGAGGUGUUUUAGCUGUAAAGAAAGCGCUUGUUGCUGUCUCACUUCGCCUCCAAGAUUGUCCUCCUGUCAAUAAAACAAGGAUAACUGAAAACAGGAUCAUUGAAUCAGUUCCUUCAGAGGCUUGGCGUAAACCUAUUGAGUUGCUUCCUCAUGAGACUUUGCGAAGGCCUAUUGACUUACUUCCCCAGGACACUCUGCACAGGCCUAUUGACUUACUUCCUCAGGAGACUUUGCGCAGAGCUAUUGAGGUACUUCCCCAGGAGACUUUGCACAGACCUAUUGAGGGUGUUCCGCAGGAGCCAUUGCACAGACCCAUUGAUGUUGUUCCACAGGGCUCGUUGCAUAGACCUAUUGAUGUUGUUCCGCAAGACUCCUUGCGUAGACCUAUUAAUGUUGUUUCUCAGGAGGCUUUACCUGAUCUGAAUAUAGAUCAUCUUUCACAGCGUAGUUCCCUGAUGCCUACUAUAUCCAGUAGCUCUAUCAGUUAUGCCACCAGAGUUCAUCCUUUGUCUCUAGAGUCUGAGAGUGCUUCUCCUUUGGAUACAACAACAUUGCAGCAGGAAGUGGUUUUUAAAAUUCUUUGCUCCAGUGAUAGGGUUGGGGGUGUUAUUGGAAAGGGAGGUGCAAUCAUUAAGGCUCUUCAAAGUGAUACAGGAACUACUAUUACCAUUGGACCUACACUCAAUGAUUGUGAUGAGCGGUUGGUAACUGUUACUGCAUCAGAGAACCCAGAAUCACAGUAUUCUCCAGCACAAAAGGCUGUUGUCCUUGUUUUUGUAAGAGCUUUGGAGGCUUCAAUUGAAAAAGGGUUAGAUUCAGGCUCAGGUAAGGGUUCAUAUGUCUCAGCUCGGCUCGUUGUUCCAUCAGGCCAAGUUGGCUGUCUGUUGGGAAAAGGAGGGGCAAUAAUUUCUGAAAUGCGUAAAGUGACUGGUACCGGCAUUCGAAUUUUGGGAACUGACCAGGUCCCUAAGUGUGUCACUGAAAAUGACCAAGUGGUGCAGAUUUCAGGAGGGUAUUUGAAUGUGAAAGAUGCUAUAUAUCAUGUUACCGGUAGACUACGAGAUAACCUAUUUUCUAGCACACUGAAGAAUGCUGGAGCAAAAAGUGGUUCCGCUGUUUUAACUGAGACCAGUCCUUAUGAAAGAUUGAUGGAUACUGCCCCUCUUGGGCUGCAAGUAUCAAGUGGUGUUUCUCAUAAUCUUAGUCGGCAUACUACAUUGGCACCGAAUAGUAUGGAUUCCUUUGGACUUUCCCGUAGUUUAGAUUGCCCUUAUUCACCAGGGUUAUGGACAUCAGAGACGGCUAAUGUGCUGAAUCCAAGGAGCACCACAGAUAUUGGCAGAGGAUUGACUUCUCUUAGAGGUGGAUUUGAACUUGGCAGUGGAAACAGAUCUGCUAUUGUGACAAAUACAACUGUAGAGAUUAGAGUUCCUGAGAAUGUUAUUGACUCUGUUUACGGGGAGAAUGGUCGCAAUCUGUCUCGGUUAAGAGAGAAGGGAUUGAAUAGAACAAAUAUUGCUACUGAUUCUACAACAGCCAAGGGAGAAGCGUUUCAAGAUCCAAGUAGUGACUCUUGGAGGAUACGACUGGACAGUGAAAUUUGUGAUAAGCUAGACCGACUUGUUACUUGGAAUUUUCAUCAUAUAUGGCAAAUAUAUGCUUUAGCAGUUUUUCAGCCCCCAAAAGCUUAUGCAGUAUUAAUCAUGUAAAUAGAGGCUUCUCCUCCUUUUACUUUCCAUGGUUCAUCCUGGGAAUGAACAGGAACGUUCGCCCGGUACAUGCUAUCUUUGAUCUAAAUUUCAACUUUCUAUGUAAGUCAGUCAUACCCUCUACCGUAAAGCUGAGAAUGGAAAAACAAAAACAGAUCUCAUUUUCGUAGCUAUACAGGAAAGACGGAUCAAUCAAACUAAGAAAUGGAAAGCAUUGAAGAUCCAAAUCAAAGGAGAAUGUGAUGUCGAAAUAGCAACCACAAAAAAAAAAAAACCCAGAAAUGAAAGGAGAAAGUC